CCGAUAUAAGAUAAUAUCGGAAACCUACUUUUUUUCUUUUUUGAAAGUAGCUUCAGUCUUGACUUGACUGAGCGGGAUCUUUAAUACCAUAUUAAGGUUUUUGGUUUAAGGGAGGUCAUAAUGGUAUCCAGGAAAGAGAGUAAACAGCCUGAAGAUACCGCGGAGCGAAACUACGUUAUGGAGGCCCCCGACGGGGGUUGGGGGUAUGUGAUCGUUUUGGCAACCGUAGUGAUCUUUGGUGUGACCAUUAUUCCAAUGGCAGCCUUUGGAAUAGUUUAUGGACCAUUUUUAAGACAAAUCGGCGACGAGACCACUGGUACCACCAUGAGUACUUCCAUGUUCAACACUAUUAACUCUUUUACAGGUCUACUUGCCAGUGGCUUACUGAACAAGUUCUCUUACAGAAAAGUAAGCUUUAUGGGCUCAUUCUUGUUCAUUGCUGGUACUAUUGGGUUAAUUUUCGCUCAAAACUUAAUCCACCUUAUUAUAUUUUUCGGGAUAAUCGAAGGGCUUGGGUUCGGUCUGCUUAUGCCAGCGUCACUUUCCGCCUUCAAUUCAUAUUUCAACAAGAAAAUGGCGGUUAUGAUGAGCGUGUGUCAGGCUCUGAUGAUCGCUUUCAAUAUGGCCGUUCCACAGCUAGCAGAGUGGAGUAUGAAAAAUUUUGGAUUCAGAGGAACCUUGAUUGGCUUAUCAGGCCUUGCAUCCCUCACCAUCUUGGCAUCAGUUACUUUACAACCAGUUAAAAAGCACAUGAAGAAGGUUUGUGUGGAGGUUAUUAACAGCACUGUUGUUUCAAUGGAUGCUGAAAAACCACAUGAAGAACCUUUAUUGAAACAUUAUCAGAAGAAUCAUAUUGGUAGCAGCCAAAGAAGCUUGCAUUCCCAUCAAGGUAGAGCCAGGAAGUCCAUUGUAUCUCUUGGAGAUCACGGAGCCUCUGUUACGAAUAUCAACGACUUAAAAGAUGAUGAUCAUAAAGAAACUGAGAGUUUUUGGCAAUCUUUUGCAAGCUCUAUGGACAUGUCUCUGCUAAAAGACUGCAGAUAUCUUAACAUCAGCAUAGGAUUGGCUCUAGCCUUUACAGGAGAUAUGACUUUUAUCUCAAUAAUCCCUCUAACCUUAAGAAAUAGUGGAUUUAAUCCAGCAGAAAUCGCCACAAUGAUGUCAGUGUUCUUCGCGUCCGACUUAGUCGCCAGGAUUAUUUUAACAAUCGUUUCCAGCCUAGUCAAAUUUAGAAGUAGAUUCUUAAUUUUGGCAACAUGCGUGUGCGUUAUCGCUGGAAGAAUUGCACUGCUUUCGAACAACACCUACAUGUGGACCUUAUCAGUUCUAAGUAUCCUGGGAUUCUUGAGAUGUUUCAUUCAAACUCCGCUGCCAUUAGUAUUUUCUGAGGAGUAUCAGGAUCAAUUUUCCACUGCUUACUCAUUGUUUAUGGCCGUUAAUGGAGUUGUUAGUUUGGUUAUUGGACCACUCAUGAGUGUGGUAAAAUCGGUGACCGGAAGUGAUUUUCUGGUGUGUCACAUCUUGACUGUAGCUUAUGUCAUAUGCGUCAUCGCUUGGGUUGUAGAGCUGACAUUCUGUAAAAGGAAGACUGAAGAACAUCCUAAGGAGGGCAAAUAUGGUGAUUAUCAUACGAAGAGCUUGCUUUCUCAGAAAAACAGGUUUGUGAGGUUUUCUUUAAAAAAAAAUAUGUCCAAGGAAGACAUCUUCAGUUAUGCCGUAUUUAUUUCAGUCACUAUUAUUGCUAUUCUAGGAGCAGUGCCUCUAUGCAUUUUUGGUAUAACUUAUGGACCCUUUUUGGCCAAUUUAGGGGAUGAAACCACCGGGACUUCACUAGCCAAUGCAGCCUUUAAUACUGUCAUGUCUAUGGCAGGUCUAUUAACUAAUGUGUUAUUGAAUAUUUGGUCCUGUAGGAACGUAGGACUGCUUGGGGCUCUAUUUUGUCUUAUUGGCAGCUUUAGUUUGCUUUUGGUGAACGAUUUUAUAACGUUUUUGGUUAUGUAUGGAUUUUUUCAAGGCUUAGGAUACGGCAUUUUACUGCCAACGUCCCUUACAGCCCUAACGGACGCAUUCGACAAACGUUUAACGUUAAUGAUGAGUCUGUCCCAGGCUAUAAUGGUGGCCUGCUGCAUGGUCCUGCCACCCUGUGUUUCGGCCAUAAUCACCACCUGCGGCUACAGGACAACCGUAUUGUUUCUCUCCGGAUUGACCGUUUUGUCAAUACCGUCAGCCAUGUUCUUAACUAAAUUUAAAUGCAGCAAAGAGGGUAGUAGAGGCAGAUAUUUAAUAAGUAAUAUUAGGGAAAGUUCUGCUGGGAGGAAGUAUGAUUUGUCGGUAAAAAGCAAAUCUGUAAUUGAUCUUAGGAUAGAACAAUCGAGGGAUCCUCUAUUGAAGAAGCACAACAGUCUUAAGGAGCUGAUUUUUGAGCAAGAUGUUAGGUCUCCUUAUAAAGCCAUAUCGGCUCUAAAAAUCAAUAGAGGGGUUGAGAAUUCCUGUAAUAAAAGAAACUUAAUGGAUUUUUCCCUCUUUAAGUCAGGCAAGUACUUAAACAUUUGUACAGGCCUGGCCUUAAGUUACACAAGCGACAUCUACUUCAUAACGAUACUGCCGGUGGUAUUGGGUGAUUUGGGAUUCGAGCACACUACCAUAGCUAAUACCGUAUCAAUUUUCUUUGGAUCUGACUUGGUUUCCAGGAUCGUCCUCGCAGCCGUAUCCAGUUUUACCGUAAUAAAAAGUAGACAUUUGGUGUUUUAUGGAUCUGUUUUAUCUGUGAUAUUUAGAUUUGGUUUCGCUUUAAGCACAACUUUUGUGACGAAACUGGUUAUGUUAAGCAUAUUGGGGUUCCUAAGAAGUCUCAUUCAAACGCCUUUUGGAUUGGUUAUGGCCGAGGAGUAUCCUGACAAUUUUAGCACCGCAUUUUCUUUAUUUAUGGUCUUCACUGGGAUCCUAAUGUUGGCUUUUGGGCCCCUAAUAAGUAUAACCAAAUCAUUGACUGGCAGUAAUGAAAUGGUCUGCUAUCUGUUAACCAGCUGCUACGUUAUUUGUAUAUUUUUGUGGGGAACAGAGAUGAUUUUAGAUGCGAAAAAGAAGGAUAAACGUGCAUCUGAAAGCCCUAAUAGCAAAAUAUGAGUAUUGAUAUACAUUCUGUAAAUAUUAGGUUAUUUUUUUUAAUUAAAAAUCACUAUUUUUGUA